GCAGCCUCGGCGGCAGCAGGAGAAGGCGGCGGCGGCGGCUGGGGAUCAGACAUGGCGGCGGAUCUGAACCUGGAGUGGAUCUGCUCCCUGCCCCGCUCCUGGACUUACGGGAUCACCCGGGGCGGCCGAGUCUUCUUCAUCAACGAGGAGGCGAAGAGCACCACCUGGCUGCACCCCGUCACCGGCGAGGCCGUGGUCACCGGGCACCGGCGGCAGAGCACAGAUUUGCCUACUGGCUGGGAAGAAGCAUAUACUUUUGAAGGUGCAAGAUACUAUAUAAACCAUAAUGAAAGGAAAGUGACCUGUAAACAUCCAGUCACAGGACAGCCAUCACAGGACAACUGUAUUUUUGUAGUGAAUGAACAGACCGUUGCAACCAUGACAUCUGACGAAAAGAAGGAACGACCUAUAAGUAUGAUAAAUGAAGCUUCUAACUAUAACAUGACUUCAGACUAUGGAGUGCAUCCAGUGAGCCCUGUAGGCAGAACUUCACGGUCUUCAAAAAAAGUUCAUAAUUUUGGAAAGAGAUCAAAUUCAAUUAAAAGGAAUCCUAAUGCACCUGUGGUCAGACGAGGUUGGCUUUAUAAACAGGACAGUACUGGCAUGAAGCUAUGGAAGAAACGCUGGUUCGUGCUUUCUGACCUUUGCCUCUUUUAUUAUAGAGAUGAGAAAGAAGAGGGUAUUCUGGGAAGCAUACUGUUGCCUAGUUUUCAGAUAGCUAUGCUUACCUCCGAGGAUCACAUUAAUCGCAAAUAUGCUUUUAAGGCAGCCCAUCCAAACAUGCGGACCUAUUAUUUCUGCACUGACACAGGAAAGGAAAUGGAGUUGUGGAUGAAAGCCAUGUUAGAUGCUGCCCUGGUACAGACAGAACCUGUGAAAAGAGUGGAUAAGAUUACAUCUGAGAAUGCACCAACUAAAGAAAUCAAUAACUUUCCCAACCAUAGAGUGCUCAUUAAACCAGAGGUCCAAAAUAACCAGAAAAACAAGGAAAUGAGCAAAAAUGAAGAAAAAAAGGCAUUAGAAGCUGAAAGAUACGGAUUUCAGAAGGAUGGCCAAGAUAGACCUUUAACAAAAAUUAACAGUGUAAAACUGAAUUCUCUGUCGUCUGAAUAUGAGAGCGGGUCAACGUGCCCGGGUCAGACUGGACACUACAGACCAGUCAAUGUGAAUAGUCCUGAGAACAAAACAGUCAAUGUUAGCCUGGCAGAUCUUAGAGGUGGAAGUCACCCAAAUACAGGGCCCUUACACACAGAGGCUGAUCGAGUCAUACAGAGAACGAAUUCAAUGCAACAGCUGGAACAGUGGAUUAAAAUCCAGAAGGGGAGAGGUCAUGAAGAAGAAACCAGGGGAGUAAUCUCUUACCAAACAUUACCAAGAAAUAUGCCAAGCCACAGAGCCCAGAUCGUGGCCCGCUACCCUGAAGGCUAUAGAACACUCCCAAGAAACAGCAAGACCCGGCCGGAAAGUAUCUGCAGCGUAACUCCUUCCGUUCAUGACAAGACAGCUGGACCUGCGGCCGAAGAGAAGCGGAGAUCCAUGAGAGACGACACCAUGUGGCAGCUUUAUGAGUGGCAGCAGCGUCAGUUUUAUAACAAGCAGGGCACCCUCCCUCGCCAUGGCACCCUGACCAGUCCUAAAACCAUGGUUAAUAUCUCUGACCAGACAAUGCACUCCAUCCCCACGUCACCUUCCCACGGCUCCAUAGCUGCUUAUCAGGGCUACUCGCCUCAGCGAACCUACAGAUCAGAAGUGUCUUCACCAAUUCAGAGGGGAGAUGUGACGAUAGACCGCAGGCACCGGGCCCAUCACCCCAAGCACGUGUAUGUGCCUGACAGGAGGUCAAUGCCAGCUGGCCUAACCUUACAGUCCGUUAGCCCCCAGAGCCUCCAAGGCAAAACGAUGAAAGAAAAUGAACCUAUUAUCACCAUGGUUCACACAAUGAUUGAGAACUCGGCGCUAAGACCCCAACUGUACCAGCAAUUCUUAAGACAGAGGAACAAGAUAAGUCUAUAUUGUCUAUCACAGGAUGAAUGUAGAGGCACAUUAUACAAAUACAGACCUGAAGAAGUAGAUAUUGAUGUCAAGUUAAGCCGAUUAUGCGAGCAAGAUAAAGUGGUACAUGCUCUGGAAGAGAAACUUCAGCAACUCCACAAGGAGAAAUACACGCUUGAGCAAGCUUUGCUGUCAGCCAGCCAAGAGAUAGAAAUGAAUGCAGAUAACCCAGCAGCCAUUCAGACCGUGGUGUUACAGAGGGACGAUUUACAAAAUGGACUGCUUAGCACGUGUCGAGAACUCUCUCGAGCCACUGCCGAACUGGAACGAGCAUGGAGAGAAUAUGAUAAGUUAGAAUACGAUGUAACUCUCACCAGGAACCAGAUGCAAGAGCAGCUAGAUCGCCUUGGUGAAAUUCAGACUGAAUCAGCAGGAAUUCAGCGUGCACAACUUCAGAAAGAACUCUGGAGAAUUCAGGAUGUCAUGGAAGGACUGAGUAAACACAAACAACAGAGAGGUACUGCAGAAACAGGUAUGAUAGGAUCAAAGCCUUUCUCAACAGUUAAGUACAAAAAUGAGGGUCCAGAUUAUAGACUGUACAAGAGUGAACCAGAGUUAACAACAGUGGCAGAAGUUGAUGAGUCUAAUGGAGAAGAAAAAUCAGAAUCUGUUUCAGAAAUGGAAACUUCUGUUAAAGGUUCCCACUUUCCUGUUGGAGUAGUCCCUCCAAGAACAAAAUCACCAACACCCGAAUCUUCAACAAUAGCCUCAUAUGUAACUUUAAGGAAAACUAAGAAGAUGAUGGAUUCAAGAACGGAAAGACCAAGAAGUGCAGUGGAACAGCUCUGUUUGGCUGAAAGCACUCGACCUAGGAUGACUGUGGAAGAGCAAAUGGAAAGAAUCAGGAGGCAUCAACAAGCAUGCUUAAGGGAAAAGAAAAAAGGAUUAAACAUUAUUGGUGCUUUAGACCAGUCACCCUUACCAAGUCCUUCAAAUUUAAGGGAUAAUCCAUUCCGGGUUACCCAGACUCGAAGGAGGGAUGAUAACCUUAAGGAACUGGAUGCCGUCAUUAGAGAAAAUGACGUGAAGCCAAACCAUGAAACUCCUGCCGCAGAAACUGUUCGACUAAAAGAAGCUGAACCUCAAAAUACAGAUUUCAGUGAAGAGUUUAAAAAAACUGAAAAUGUUUUUUCCGAAACACUUUUCACACCUGAGCCAAAUGGAGUAAAUUCUGAGGAAGUGGUGGAUAAAGAAGAAAACAAAGAAAAGAUGCCCAAGGAUGUUCCAUACAGCCCUCAAGAUGAGUCACAGAUCCCAAAUCAUAAACCAGAAGGCCACCCUGAAGAAAAUACAAAGGACAAUAUUCAUGAGCAGGAAGAAACUCUUAUUUCUUAUGAACUAACUCCUGAGGCUUCUAGAGGAAGUCAGACAAUGGCAGUGCAAAGCCUGUCCCCGUCUCCCGAGUCCUCGGCAUCACCCGUUCCGUCCACUCAGCCACAGCUCACAGAAGGCUCACACUUCAUGUGUGUGUAGUCUCAGAACAACUAUACUGACUUCUGUUGAAACCAUUCAAAGCUGAGGACAUGGACCUUUGGCAAUGUGAGAAGAUAUUGUACAGUAUAUUUUAAAUCUAUGAAAUUCAUAGUUCUGAUGCUUUUGGCCACAGAGCAUCAUUUUAUCACUUCUGGAAAAUGUUUAUUCCAAAACAGCUUUAAUGGCCCAUAUGUACACUCAAGGUUAUGUAAUGUAAUCUCAAGGUUAUUAUUCUGACACCAGCUUGCUGCUAUGAUUUCAGAGCACAUAAGUAAAGGUGCUUUUUAGUGUGUGGUCUACAGCCAGAGCUUACUUAGUUGCUGAUUUCCAGAUUUUGAUGUUUCUAAAGUCUAGGUGGAUUUAUAUUUCUUUUCACUUUUCAGUACAUAAAUUUAGUUAUUAUUUCCAGUGAAGCUUGUUUUCCUUUUUUUUUCUUCUUCUUCCUCCCAUUUUGGCUACUGCAAUGCUCUGUUUCACCCUUGAUUUGUAAAAAUUUUAUAUAUAUAUUUAAAAUGUGCCACUUUAUUACUGCUAAGUGAGUAUGUCCGUUCCCUGCUAUAAUUAUUUCUCAGUCAGAUUGCAUUGUCAGCAGUUAUGCCACACUCUUGUCAGCUUAGAUACAAAUGUUAUCGCUUACUUUUUUCUUAAAAAGCAAUUUAAAAUGUAGGUAUUUUGAAGUACUGGGCUUAUACUUCAUUGAACUAGAUGUGUACAGCAAUAAGCAGGUUUUCAAAUCCAGUACUUAGUUUGUGUACAAAUGUAAUUAUGUUCAUUGUGUAUAUAUUAUACAAUGAGCACAUGUAAUGUAAGUAUUAAAGGCUA